UACACACUCUUUGUUUUUGAGUACGUACUUGGCCAGGCGGCAGAACAUGAGGCAGGAUGAUUUCCGCGUGAACCCACUUUGACGUGACAUUCGUGAUCUUUCGACAGUUUUUUUUUGUUUUGGUGUGCCAGCUGAUACCGAGUCAAUGACAUGUAGUGAUUCGUAAACAGAAAUUUAAUGUAAGUUCCAUAUCAGUAAAAAAACGAGAUCAAGAUGCUCUUUGAAGAAGUGGUGUUCUUCACGGACAGUAUUUUUUUUAGUGGACGUAAUAUUUUCGUAAUUUAACUGCGUAAUUAUGUUUCCUUCAUAGUAUACACUCGUGUUAAAUGAUGUAUUAAAAUGAAUUCUGAUAUUGCUACCACACCAAUUAUUUCACCAGAUGAUAAAGGAACUGAUGCUGACGCAGCAGACAACAGUGCUGGUGCCGCAACCGAGGGAGAUGCGGAAAGUUCUGAUAAAGGUUCAGAAUCCUGCAGUGACGAAACGUCGCAAGAUACAUCAGAAAGAAGUUCAUCUGCACAAAAAUAUGAGGAGGAGUGGCGGCAGCUGUACUGCGCGGGCGACGCGGGGAUGGAGGAGCUGGGGCGGAGGGCGCAGCUGGGGAACCUGAGGGCCUCGCGGUUCCGCAGCGUGUGCUGGUGCUGCCUGCUGGGGGUGUUCCCCCCGGACUCGUCGCAGUGGCUGGCGCUGGUGCGCCAGCACCGCCAGCACUACGCCCGGCUGCUGCGGCAGGUGUGCGUGGACCCGUGGGACCAGCACGCCGGCCGGGACGACGACCCCCUCUCGCAGAGGGCGGAGAGCGUGUGGCACCAGCACUUCUGCGACAAGGAACUCCGGUCGGUGAUCCGGCAGGACGUGGUGAGGACGUUCCCCGGGGUGGACUUCUUCAGGAAGGAGUCGAUCCAGGAGGCCAUGGUCAACAUCCUGUUCUGCUACGCCCGCGAGAACCCGGCCAUGUGCUACAGGCAGGGCAUGCACGAGAUCCUGGCCCCGCUGAUGUUCGUGCUGCACUGCGACCACCAGGCCUUGCUGCACACCAAGGAGCAGCUGAGCGUCAGCGACGUGAUAUCCGAGAUGCUGGACCCAGCGUACAUGGAAGAAGAUGCCUACAUGCUGUUCGCUGCCAUCAUGGGCGGUCUCGAGUCGUGCUACCGCAUCAACGACCUCACGCCGACCUGUACCGGCUACUUCCCCUCCAGCAACAGCAAGUCUCCCGACGCGGGGGAGCGGCCCGGGGAGAACGAGGUGGUGAGCCAGCUGAACUGGAUCAGGGACCAGCUGCUGGCCCCCUGCGACCCCCAGCUGCACCAGCACCUGCUGCAGCUCGACAUCCCGCUGCCGCUGUUCGGCAUACGCUGGCUGCGGCUGCUGUUCGGGCGGGAGUUCCCCCUCCAGGACUUGCUGGUGCUGUGGGACGCCAUCUUUGCCGAGGGCCGCCAGUUCGAGCUCGUCAAGUUUGUCGUGGUGGCCAUGCUGAUCGCCAUCCGCUACCAGCUGCUGGGCGGAGACUACACCACCUGCCUCACGUACCUGAUGCACUACCCGGGGGCCGUUGACAUCUCCUACAUCAUCGAGCACGCCCUGUUCCUGAAGGACCCCCAGAAGCACUGUGCGCCGGCGAUGACGACGUUCCCCAACCUGCCGGCGGUGACGGUGGGCGGGCGGGCGGACCUGAACCGCGCCGCGGGGCAGGACGCGGGCGGCCCCCGGCGGAGGGACCACCCCGAGCCCCAGGUCUCCAAGCUCUCCGACAGGAUGAGGUUCCUGUCCACUCACUCGAGGAAGGUGAAGGCGGUUGGUCGGACUGCGGCAAGCAACGUGGAGUCGGCAGUCGUCGAUGGAUAUGCCGUCAACGACCCCGUGGUGCUGAGAGAGGAGCUGGAGCACGCCCGGGUGGUGAUGGCGCUCUGCCGCAUCAAGCUGGCCCAGUACCACGGCAUCCUGCGCAAGGGCGUGCCCCACUCCGCCCCCUCGGACGUCCACCAGGCCAUCGGCGGGAUCAACGAGCUGUGCGCGCUGCUGGGCGGGCGAUCGCACCAGGCGGAGGUGGAGCGCGCGUGCGAGGCCGGGGAGCAGCGCCAGCGUCCCGCGCGCCUGCCCCUGCCCGACAAGCCCCCCGGCGCCCGGCUGCCACGCGGCGACGUCGCGCUCAAGCUGUUCAGCCAGGAGGAGGGGCGGGGGGAGGUCGUGGCAGGCGCCCCCCUGCCCCACCCCACCCUCGGCUGGUAGCGUCCGUCCCCCCGCCUUCCAGCGUCUCGUGACGACAUACAUGUCCAUGGUGAUUUGAAAUAUCUGAUUACUUUCAUAACUGGUAAUGGAAAGCUAAAGCUUUUAAAAACACACCCAAAGCAUUCCAAUCAAAACAAAACAGCUAUUUAUGUGUAUAGUAACUGAAAGUUGGGAACCUAAAUGUACAAAAAAUACAACGUAUAGUUUCCCAUGACGAAUGGACGCUGGUUGGUGCCGAAUCGCACGAUUGUUACUUCAACGGUGCUGUCUUCUCUAGUCCUUUGUUCCUGCCUUUCGUAUCGUUUUGAGUUAGAUGAUGCUAAAAACUCUUAAGGUGGCAUUUCGCGAACAGCAAUCAGCGAGGGAAAACAAAUUGUGGUGGCUGAAUAAGUGGGAUGUGUAAGACAUGGGUGCUGGCAUCACUUGAAGAAAGAACUGCAAGAUGUGGACACGUCAUCAGGGAAAUGUGCGCGUCGCCGACUUCUUCAAGUGAGUUUAUGUUUCGUGCAGUGUGCUCAUCUCUGCGUGUUCAGGACAUGAACAUACUUUUAUUAUGUGCUUCACUCUCUCUGUACAUAAGAGCAAUAAUCUUGUAGUAUAUUGAUGGUUGAACAGAGGAAAGGGAUUCAUUAUAAUAUUAUUACUUCGAAUGCGGAUUUACAGGGGUGCAUGAGUACUCGAAAUGUCGAGUUGAGUUUUAGGUAAUUGACUCGAGCCUAAUUUUAAAGCUCAAAAAAAUUUGAAUAGUUUACUGUUUGGUCUAGGGAAAUGAUUCGACACUCAUGAAACAUCACUAAUACUAACCUGGAGUAUCCUGGGUUUGUACACCUAGUAGCUGUGAAGCUCGUAUAACGCUUUUCAGUAGGAAACGUGAUCAGUUGAUGCAGAACUGAUUUAAGUUCUUCAGCAUGCGACGUGUUUAUCUCUCACCGUCUCAUUACAUAUUACUAACAACAUAGAAAAUUAAUUAUUGAAGAUGGUGUUUGAUUUUACAAAAUCUCGCACUGUAUUUGUGACUUUCAUUUAUAUUUAUGUAUGGACGUAUUUGGGGUCAUUUGGCACAUGAUCAUAAUUUUGUUUACGUUAACCCCUACUACAAAAAAAAAAACAUAAAUUUUAUGCAAGCACCUUACUCAAAAAUUUGGUAGAAUUGACUGCAGUAACAACUGUUUCCUAAAAUGGACGUGUGAAUAUAUAUUUUUCCACAUAAUUAUUAUUUAUACUAUGUGUCAUUGAAAAGAUAUAAACGUACGAAAUAAACUUCUAUUUUAGUGUCCGCCUAGCUGAAAAUAAUAAUGGUGCAUGUGAAGUGAAGACAAAUGAACGAUUAUGAAUAAACACAGUAGUUACCAUAAAAGCUUUAGAAGCACUAUAGCACUAUAGCUACCACAGAUGCACUAUAGUUACCGGUAAAUAACCUGAUAUAUAUCGAGCAAAGUAUAUGUUAUGGCACUGCUACUUACCCACCGAGCUCAAGCAUAAUAAUGUACACACACCCUGAAUAUUCAUGUACUGGGCAUAUAGUGAAUAUGACAAUAACAAACUGUAAUAUGUAUUUAAAUGAUUAUGAUAGUGUCUGUGUGAAAAAUUUUUCAUUUUAAUGUUUCAAAUUGAUAUAAAUUCAAAGUCUUUAACUGCAAUGGAAAUGGACAUAUAUAAUUUAGUUUCCUUGUGCUUCAUAAUGUAACUUAAGAGAUAAUUCUAUUUUUUUAUAAAUAGGUACUAAAAAUAGGUUCUUAAAAAUUAUUUGUAAGAAAAAUUCCAGUACCUAGCUAAAUUACAUGAAAAUACAUACGCAGUUGUAAUUUUGUUUUGUAAAUCUAAAUACUGUAGUUAUGGAAUGUAGGCUAUUAUGGAGUUAUCACUAUGAUAGUGAUUUUAAAAAAACCAUAAUGAGAUACUGUGUGCAGUACAUUAGUGCCACUAUUUCCUGUUAGUUAAACUUAAAAGGGGAAAAAAAAAAAAAAGUACUGUGGAUAUUUUGCAAGACUCGACUCAACAUUAAAAUAUGCUACUCAUGCACCCCUUAUAUUUAAAGUAAUUCCAGAAGAAAUAGAGUAGAACGUAUUUACUAUGAUUAAUUAUGUUUAUAGUUAAAAAUAUUUGACUUCUGUUGUUUUUCUAGCCUGUUGCAAGUUUCAUCUAUUCACUUUUGAAACUUGCAGUGAGAUAAGAUGUUAAGUUAGGUGUUAAGUUAAUUACUGAUGUGGAUUCAUUUUAUAUGCACUUGUACAGCUAACCAUCAUGUCUUGUUUCUUAGAACUAACAUUAACAUUGGACUAUUCAUGGUAGUCAUACAAAGACCUGCUUUAUGUUUUACUUUCAGCUACAUAUUUGUUGAGCACAAACAGAAUGGACACUUCCCGAUGCCAUAAUUGUACAAAUUGGUUCUUGUAAAAAAAAAAAAAAAAAAGCAAGCAACCUAAUUGAUACAACCUAAACCAAACUAUACUCUUGUUCACAAGCAUUCGGCCCAAACCAAAUUCUUCCGUAUUCAGUUCUGCCUUGUGACUUUUGUGAGGCUAAUGUCAAAUACUACGUACAGUAUUAAGAUGAUUUGCUUGUGCUGCAAUCUAGUCAAAUACCAAAACAUCAGAGGCGAGGCGUCCAUGGAAGCUGUGGAAGCGGCGCUUCCCUUCCAUUAACCAGUAAACAACAAUAAAAAUAUUUAAUUUUUAUAUUAUCUAGAAAAUGUAAUAAGUAACAAAAAAAAUCAUGGGCAGUGUAGAUGCAUGUCACAAUCUAACCGUACGAGCAGUCCGCCCAUACUAACAACGACCAGCUGCUAUCUGCGCGCGCAGCUGGACUGGUGCUUCUAUCUAGGAGGGAUAAAAGGAACUACGAACUGGGCUGGCGGGAGUUGCCGUUGGCCUGGAAGCGGCCUCGCCUGCAGCUUCCAGUUGUGCAAAAACAGUAUAAGAACCACGUGUGAAAUAUAAAGGAUAAAACUUUAUACGUAUGUUUUAACGUUAACUAAUGAGUAUCGAUUAUCUUAAAAUAUGCUUAAACGUUUUGUUUUGUUAAAGUGAAUAGUGGUGGUCUAUAAAUAAACCGUAAACUUUUCUUUCAAUACACGAGCUGCGAUAUGCAUGCGUAGUGUGGCGGGCUAUACCGCGGGCUGGAAGCUGCGGUGAAGAGAGCUUCCACGCCAGAAUAAUGGCGAGUAGUGAGGUUUCUCAACCUGGAUUUUCAGGUAAUGCUUUUUUGUUGGACUCAGAGGAAUCAUGCGUCAAUAAUUGUAAAUGUAUUAUAGAAAAACUAAUAAACAGUCCGUUUAGUGCUUUAACUUUUGAACAAAAAAAUGAAAUAAUCCUCAGUGGCAGACCUAUACCUCCGUUAGCUCUGGAGACAAAAGUAAAAGCAUUUACUAGGCAUUUUCAUCCACGCACUUACGAACAUAUAACCUGGUUAUGUGGCUGCAAGAAACUGAUGAAACUUUUUUGUUGGCCUUGCUUACUCUUUUCAAAAGAAAAUUCAGUGUGGAGUACUUCCGGUUUUUGCGAUUUAAAUAAUCUUCAGAAAGCAGAAAAACGGCACAAAUUAUCCCACAGCCACAUUAUGUGUUUGAAAGAACUCAAACAGUUCGGUAAAACACGUAUUGAAUUCGCGGUAAGCAGUCAGUAUCGGCUAGGCAUUGAGAUGCAUAAUGAGAAAGUGCGGAAAAACAGACGGAUCGUGAGCCAUCUGAUAAGAGCAACUUGUUUUUUGGCUAAACAAGAACUGGCUUUUCGUGGUCACGAUGAGUCUACUUUGUCACUUAACAAGGGUAAUUAUAUAGAAUUUCUUAAUGAAUUGGCUGAAUAUGACAAUGAGCUCAAAGCUCACCUUGAGAACUCAACAGUUUUCACAGGUUUAUCGAGUGACAUCCAGAAUGAUAUUCUGUUAUCUCUGUCUGACUUACUGAUUCGUGAAGUAAAAAAAGAAAUAUCGGAGUCACCUUUUGUGGCACUGAUUUUGGAUGAGACAACCGACAUAUCAGUCAAAUCUCAAUUAUCCUCAGUACUACGAUAUGUUACAAGAAAUGGGGAUGUUGAGGAAAGAUUUUUAAAGUUCGUGGAUGUCAGUGAUGAUAGAACAGCUCAUGGACUUUACCAACAUGCCAUACAAAUUUUAGAAGACUUUAAAUGUGUCGAUAAAUUAGUAGCGCAGACAUAUGAUGGAGCUGCAGUGAUGGCUGGAGAGCAUGGUGGACUGCAAACAAAACUUAGAGCAGUCUGUGAUCAAGCUAUUUUUGUUCACUGUUACGCCCACAAGUUAAAUCUUGUUCUUUCGCAGUCUGUAAGUUACAUCAAACAGUGCAAGGUAUUUUUCAUCUCUCUAACAGCGUUUGGAAGUUUUUUUGGGAAAUCAACGAAGAGGAUGCAGGCUCUAGAUGCAGAGGUAAAAAAGAGGUUUCCCGCGCUUGCUCCAACUCGCUGGAAUUACAAUAGUAAGCUUGUAGAAACUGUGAACGAACACAAGGGAAAUAUAGCAGAUCUUCUAAGAGCUAUGAUAGAAAAUGCUGACAAGUGGGAUUCCGAAACAUUAUGUUCUGCCCGUGGUCUUUUAUCACAUUUGAAUGAUUUCGAUUUUAAUUUCUUUCUUGUCAUAUUUUCGUACAUUUUCCCGCAUUCGGAUUCAAUUUUCCAAAUACUUCAAACUAAAAUCAGUGACAUAAAUUUCUGUAUGAAGAAGAUUGAAAACUUUAAAACCUUUCUAAACGAUUUAAGAAAUGAUUUUGACAGAGUGUGGGGAAAUGUUUGCUCAGAGUGUGAAAAUACUCUCCCAACAGCAAAACGCGCUCGUGUAGAUUUUUCCUCGGGUGAGGAUAAAAAAGUUAUUUACAGAAGACUUUUUUUUCAAAUUGUGGAUGCCAUUAUUGUGCAUGUAAAUCAAAGAUUUUCAGAAGUAUCCAAGCUAAAAUUCGUAAGCUUGUUGGAUAGCAAACUUUUCCUUCAGCAUUCACAAAACUUCCCAGAAGAAGCUUUCGUAUCUCUGAAGAAAAACUACGGGAAAUUCUUUGAUUUACCAAGCUUAAGAAGUGAGUUGUACGUUUUAUUCACGGACAGUGACAUGCACAAAUGUACUGUGUCAGAUUUCCAAUUGUAUUUGGUAGCAUCCGAACUAAGUGACGUAUUUCCAGAAACACUAAAACUGUCAAAGCUUAUCUUGACAAUGCCAGCUACAAGUGCUUCAGCUGAGAGAUCAUUCUCAGCUUUGAAGCGAAUUAAAGACUACUUGCGGAACAGCCAGCGUCAGGAAAGAUUGUCUGCCCUUGCACUACUCAGCAUUGAAAAAAAACUUCUGCAGAAACUACGUCGUGGAUCAUCUUUCAAUGAUGAUGUGAUCGAUAUCUUCGCAACUAAAAACCGCAGAAUUGAGCUGAAAUAUAAAAUUUAAGGUAAGAAGUACAUUUUUAUGAGGUUCUUCUCUUUAUUUUAAGUACUUACUUUGCCAUGUGUUGUCUGUUUAUAUAUUUUGUACCAGAUAUCGAUGAUACUACACUCCCAAUUAGUAUAUAAAUAAUGUAGAGUAGGUAUUUUAUUAUCAGAAUAAUGUAAGUCAAACAUUAUUAUUUUUCAAAAAUAAUUUAUAAUUUUAAAAAAUGUCAGUUUUUCUACCUGUGUAAUAGUCAAUGUUCAGUAAGAAAACUACAUAAAUAGCACCCUUUUGUACCUUGAUAUCCAUAUUUUCCCGGGGGAGGGCACCCGGACCCCCCCUCCCCCCAUCCCGGACAUGUUUUGGGGUGAACGGAGUUGUUGCUUCCCCUCAUGUAAACCUCACGCCUCGCCACUGCAAAACAUGUAUUGAGUAUAUUGAAACAUUGGAGGCUAAUUUUUAAAAAGGUUUUGUUUAUUCGUCUGGAAUUAUGCUUGAAUAAUAGAAUACACAGAAUACACACACACUUCUUGCUUCUGCUUCUCGAGUGGAUUGGUUUGCUUGCAUCCGGUAGGGAGGGCAGUGGUUAGAGUUCUCUUUCGAGAAUAACUGUACAAGGUAAGUUAGGAUGGCUUGCAUUAAUAUUUUCGGAGGUGAGAGUUAAUACCAAUAGAAGUACGAGUACCCUGAGAUAAAAAUGAUCAUGCUAUUGUUUUUUUUUUUUAAUUAUAUGAAUUACUUAAUAGAUAAUUCUCAUUAAAAAGUAUAUAUAUAUUAUAACAAUUUGUGCACCUAUGAUUAGUUAUUUCAUAUGGUAGCUCAUCCUUGAUGAGGUACAGUGCUCAGUUAGGUAGCAUCUAGGACAUCCACUUUGUACAUUUUUCACAUACCUAAGUGUGUUUAAGGUAGUUGCGUACCUUAGGAAUAUUUAUAUUCCUGGACAUAAGAUGCGUAUAUGACAACAAAUGUCCAGAACUAACUAGCAGUACUGCUAUUAUUAUUAUUAUUUCUUCACCUUUAGUUAAUGUCAAGAGUCAAAAGUUGUUGUCCUUCAUUACAGUUUUCUCAAUGUCAAGCUGAUCAAAAUUUUAAACGUCAUGAACGACGAUAGUACGAAAAAUGACCAAUUGAAAAUGGGUGCAUUAUGUGAGCUAUUCAGAAAAAAAUACUAAAAAAGUGAACAGACUCUUUUCCACAAACUGACAAUUUUGAACAUUCUUUAUUGACAAUGUGAGCGAAUAAGGUUUCUGAAAUUGCAUCCAGUAGUUAAGUUUUUUAGUGCAUGUGUUUAUUUUUUCUGUCUUAUUUGUCAUUAAGUUAAGCAAUAUUGUACAGUGCUGAGGUACUUACAUUUUUAUGCCUUUGCCAGAGUGCAAAAAAAUGUUGAAAAUCUUUUUUUAAUGUAUAAUUAUAGGCACAACUAUAAUUUUCUACCAAUAUGCCUUAUUUUUACUGUAGUUUAUAUAUGUCAUACACAUACAAAUGUUUACAUAUAAUUUACAUUGUUCCUGAAUAAUUUGUUAAAGUAGUUCAUUAUUUUUUUAUUAAAUUAUUGUAAAAGUUUAGUUAUAAAUUAAUAUUUAGCCACAAGAGGAAGUAAAGGUUUUCUACAGUGAACAAAAACCUACUUUUAUUAACAACUAACUUAUUAUUUGAAAGGGAAGCCAUUUUUCUUUGGAACUGGAUCAUACCCAAACGUACUCACUUGUGCAAUUUUACAGUUUGAACAAAAACAAUAUUUUUUAGGACUUAAUACAUUUCUGCAAUUUUAGAGUAUGUAUUUAAAAUGUCGCUGACAUAAACUAACUUUUAAUUUUAGUCUCCUAGAUUGGAGAAAACUAAGUUGCCAAAAGAAAAAAAUUAAAUGUUGUAAGUACUUUAAUACUUUAACCAGAACUUAACGUACCUACUAUUUAUUUAAAUGAACCAACUUCACCAUCCUUUUAUUUUAGUCGUUAUCAAUAUCACACGUGAAUAGUACUCACUGUCCCAAAAGAAAAAAGAAAACUUUUUUUGGUGAGAAUCUCACGUUUAUAAAACAUUUAACCUUUAACUAUAGCAAAAAAAAAAGCUAUGCAUAAACAUGAUUUAUUUUAGUGUCUAACUUGGGGUCAGAAUAGUGGUAGGUUUCCAGACAAGAAAUGUGUAUCUUUGGUUAUUAAUUUUGUUUCUAUCAUUUCCAUAUGAUUUAGCACUAUAGGUUACCUACUGUUUAUUAAAAUCACGCUUAUCUUCCCAAUUCACAAUUUUGUUUCAAGUUGCCCCAGCCUAGGUAUGUCUACCACAACACCAAUAGGAACUUGUUUAAGAUAACUGAGAUGUAGUUUCCAUGAUUUCCAGAACUGUUAGUUUAGUCUUGUGUUUGUUAGUAGUUAUUUGAAAGGAAUAAUUUCCUCACAUUUUGGUCCAAAUAACUUGGGAAUCACUGAAGUUUUUUCUUUUUUGUUCAGUUUACUUUCUCCUAGAUCCAUGUGCAUAUAUGGCAGUAUUGAUCCCAAGAAAACAUUUUAAAUGUAAGUCUAUUGUGGAGAUGCUGGCAAGACCAUAAUAUAGGCAUAGGCAGUCCGUAGAAUGUGUUCUCAUAACCAUCGUUGUGAGGAAGUAAUGAAUGUAGUGUUGAUUCCAAUAUCGCAUAAUGAAUGUAUGUCAGUCUAGUGCAUACUUGGUUCAAAAAGGAAUGAUCAAAUUAUAAAAAUAAAUAUAAUGAACAAACUAGGAGAAGUUAAACUGCAAAUAGGGAUUAAUUAACACAUUAAAUGUAUGAUAACUAGUAUUAAACAUUACAAUAAUUGUAAUUAAUAUUGAAAAAUAAAUAUCUGCAAAAUAACCAUAGUAAA